AUGAAAAAUGAGAAUGGAAAUAUAAGAACAGAACAAGGAAACAUCAAGAGAUGGGAACAGUAUUUCUCUAAAAUACUGAACGAGGAAAAUGAACGGCUGAUCAGAGGUGAUGGAGACGCUAACCAAGGUGCAGUCUUGAAAAUAUCAAGGAUAGAGGUGCAACAGGCGCUGAAGAUGAAAAACGGGAAGGUCACGGGACCAGACGGCAUUCCCAUAGAAGCCUGGAAAGCGAUGGGAGAGGAAGGAAUUGACAUGUUAUGGAUGCUGAUGGGGAAAGUGAUGGGUGAGGAGAAUAUGCCUACAGUAUGGAAAGAAAGUAUAUUAAUACCAAUUUUCAAAGAGAAAGGAGAUGUCCAAAAUUGUGAAAAUUAUAGAGACCUAGAGAAAGCUUAUGAUAGAAUACCGAAACAGGAAGUGUGGAGAUGUAUGCGCAAACGAGGAGUGACGGAGAAAUACUUGAGAAUGAUUCAAGAGACUUAUAAGAAUGUUACCACCAAGCUCCGAUGCACAUUAGGAAUGACAGAUGGGGUUGAGGUUAAGGUUGGUUUGCACCAAGGAUCGGCCCUCAGCCCAAAACUGUUCAAUGUGAUUAUGGAUGUGAUGACAGAGGAAGUGCGUGAAGAGCCACCAUUGUGCAUACUGUAUGCCGAUGACAUCGUGUUGGUGGCGGAGACGAAGCAGGAGCUACAGAGGAAGAUGGAAGGAUGGAGAACUGCAUUGGAGAGUAGAGGGGCUGAAGAUAAGCAUGAAAAAGACGGAGUAUUUCACAACGGACACAGAAGGAGAUCAACAGUCAACGAUACAAAUAGAUGGAUUGAACCUGAAGAGAGUGGACCACUUUAA